CCCUAGAAAGAUGGCGGAGCAAGAGGAAAGGAAAAAAAUCCCUUUGGUUCCAGAAAAUCUCCUGAAAAAGAGGAAGGCUUACCAAGCCCUCAAAGCCACCCAGGCAAAGCAAGCACUUUUGGCAAAGAAAGAGCAGAGGACAGGAAAAGGGUCCAGGUUUAAGCGACUGGAAUCAUUUCUGCACGAUUCCUGGCAGCAGCAUCGGGACAGGGUGCGUCUCAGACGACUAGAAGUGAAACCUCAUGCCUUGGAAUUGCCGGAUAAACAUUCCUUGGCCUUUGUUGUCCGCAUCCAAAGGAUUAAUGGGGUGAGUUCACUGGUGCAAAAGACCAUUGCAAGCCUUCACCUAAAGAAAAUUUUCAGUGGCAUCUUUGUUAGAGUCACGCCGCAGAGCCUAAAAUUGCUGCGUAUGGUGGAACCUUAUGUGACCUGGGGAUUUCCAAAUCUGAAGUCCGUCCGUGAACUCAUCUUGAAACAUGGACAAGCCAAGGUCAAGAAUAAGACCAUCCCUCUGACAGGUAACACAGUGAUCGAAGAGCACCUGGGGAGGUUUGGUGUCAUUUGCCUGGAAGACCUCAUCCAUGAAAUUGUCUUCCCGGGGAAGCAUUUCCAGGAGAUCUCAUGGUUCUUGCGUCCUUUCCAACUUUUAGUGGCCCGUCGUGCUACCAAAAUAAAGUGGGCUUCCUCAAGGCGACGGGCUCACCUGGCUAUCGAGGUGAACACAUCAAUCAGCUCGUCCGCCAGCUGAA